UAAACAAUAGAAUGGAGCGGUUGACUAACUCUAAAGAAAGCUUAUAUUUUAAACUUGUAGAAUGAUAAAAAAAAUAACAUUUAUUGAUCCUUCCAGUAAUUUGAGAAUUCAUAUUGCGUAUUGAAGUUUAUAAUUCUUAAGUUAUACAAUUUCAGUGGAAUGUUUCAAAUCUUCUUGUGGCUUUUAUCUUUUUGGUUAUAGAAAGAAUUAAUAUACAUGCUCAUUAAUUUUUUUAAAUAAUUAAGAGGAUAAGAAAAAGAUUUUGGCUAAUAGAAAGUAAGUCACGACAUUGAAUGACAACACGUCAUAUUUAACGCUUCUUUACUGUGCUACGAAAGAUAGGAUAGAGGUAUUCUCUCUAGUGCUGAAAAAUGUUGAUGCCACAGGUGAAACAAAUUAAAAGAAUUAAUAAAGAUUUCACAGAUAUCUGUGAAAAACACAAAGACUGUGUUUUGGAAUAUUAUUGCCAUUCCCAUGAUGUAGUUGGAUGUCUAAAAUGCAAAAAAGCUGAACAUAGAAACUGCAAGGAAGUUGACUUAAUUUCGGAGGUAGCCUCGUCAUUUUCAUCAAGUGAAGAACUAAACGAGCUCCAAACAACCUUAAAGAAAUUAUUGAAGUGUAACAAUGAUUUUAAAAAUGAUAUAAACCGCAAAACGAAAGCUGUUAGAAUUCAAGCUGAACGAGCGAAAUCCGUGGUAAAGAGAUUACGUACAGAUAUAGACGAAAUGUUUGACAUUUUUGAAAAGAAAAUAAACCGGUCAAUUGAUGAUAUAAUAAGCAUGGAUGAGACAAAAUUGCUUGAUAUUGAAUUACGUGUGGAGAAUCAAUCAAAAGAUCUCAAUGAGAAUCUUUUGAAAAUCAGUAACUAUAAAACUAAAGGUAAUAUGCGACAGUUAUUUGUAACAGCAAAACGUGCCAAACACUCAGUAAAAAUUGUGUCUACAGAUCUUGAAAACUUUGGGGAGGAAAGCGAUAUCCAAAGAUAUCAAUUUGUACCUGAGCCAAGCAUUGUCGAAAUGCUUCAAAAUUUGACAGAAAUUGGCAGACUCGAUAUCAAGAAUAAGUGUGCAAAAGUUCCAAAGUUUGAGAAAGAUAUCAAUGUCAGAUUUCCGUGUGAUGACAAAGAAUGUGUGAUAACUGGUGUAGAAAUAAUGUCAGAAUCUAUAAUUAUUGCCGCCGACCAUACGAACGAAUCUGUGAAAGUCGUUGACACUGUGAAUAAUUAUUUGGCAUCCGUCCAUAAGCUGGAUGGUUCAGGUGCGUUAAUAAAGCCAUUUGAUCUGGUCAAAACUGAAGCAACUCAGAUUGCUGUGACCUAUCCUUAUAGAAGGAAAAUCCAUCUCUUAGAAUUAGCUGACUCAUGCAGUUUAAAGGUGAAAAAGGAGAUGGAUAUGAAAAGUGAAUGUUUUGGUAUUGAUCGAAUAAAUGAUAAUUUAGUUGUUUCAUUCAGAAAGCCUCCCUCUGUGAAAAUAUUAACAUUUACUGGAACAAUAGUUAAAACAUUUAAGGGAAGUUUUACGGAAUUUCCUGAUUAUGUUUCAGUAAAUCAAGCCCAACAAGAUUAUAUGUAUGUCUCAAACUGGGCAUCCCCAGGCCCUGGUACAGUAAUAUCUAUAACAAAAGAAGGAAAUACCAUGGCCGUAUUUAAAGAUGAUAAACUUUACGGACCGCAUGGUUCUUCAGUGGACAAGUAUGGUUCAGUUUAUGUGUGUGGGAGAUUUUCACACAACGUGUUCCAGAUAUCCGACACCUGCGAUAUAAUACAAGAAAUUUUAAACAAGGGCGAUGGUUUGAAAGGACCUCAGUGUAUAACUUUUAAUUGUGAGCAUAAUAAAUUGUACAUUGGCAUGGGAAAUAAUUCUAUUAAAGUAUUCCAAUUAUAUUAAUGAUAUGUCAAUCAUUGUUUACUGGAAAUACACAAUGGAAAUAAAAGAAGUACAUAUGUCAUGUAUAUGAUUUGGAGAGAAUAUAUUAUAGACGUUUUAUUUUAAUCGUAUGACGUCGAUGUUAUUUCAUUCUUUUAUUUACAAGUAUGUUAAGUAAGAUGUGUUUUCUUGUUUAUUUGAGAUGAGAUCCGUAUAAUGUAACAAUAAUAAAUGAAUAGAUUUAGAUUAUCAAAUGA